UGGGAUUUUUGGAGACGGCAUAGGAGGAAGGUUUUUGUUACUGUUGGUGUCUUAGGAAGUGGGUAUUUUUGGUAUAAGCUAUAUGUUGGUCACAGGCGUAGGCUUGAUGCACUUCAAAGAGAAUUUGCAAUCCAAAGGGAAAAUGAAGAGCUCAUUAAGGUUCAGAUGCAAGCUCACUUUGAGAAUAUUCAGAGAAUUUCUGAAACAAUCACAUUGCCUCAUGCCAUGCACAGUUUAAGUUCUCGGAUAUCAGAAGAGUUGGAUCUUUCUCAGCUUCUUGAGAAGUUAAUACAAGGAAAGGGUCAGCCAAACACUUUAACUCAAUUAGAGAAACUAGUUUUAUGGGAUAGACUAAAAAUUCUAAGUUUUACAAGAAUGGUGUUGUCAUUAUGGGCAACAACAAUGCUUGGCUUAUAUAUAAAAGUUCAAGUAAAUAUACUAGGAAGGCAUCUAUAUAUUGAUACGGCACGAAGCCUUGGAAGCUAUAAUUCAAUGAUUCCUGGAUGA